UCCACUUAAUAAUUGAAAUUCAUAAAGAGAGGAAAAUAAGGAGCCAAAUUCCAACUCCUUUUUCCCAUUCUCUAUGCCUCUCUUUUUUUACCAUUUUCCAUUUCACUUCACACGUUUCUCAAUGCACAUAUAAAAGGAAGAAUCAUCCUUCUCAACUUCAAUUCCAAACAUUCAAAACUAAUUAGCUCAUAGGAAAACCAAUUUCCAUGGUUCUUCUAAGUUUAAUGCAUUUCUCUGCUUUCUCACUCUGUUUCUUAGUCUUAACAAUAACAACUAUUCCUCAUCAAGCUCAAGCUUCAAGCCAUGGCUCCUUUGGCAGAAAACAAGUUGGUGGUUACCCUACAGUGGAUGUUGGCAUUUGUGCCUCUUCUGUCAUUGUUUAUGGAUACAAGUGCCAGGAGCUUCAGGUUACAACUAAAGAUGGGUACAUUCUGAGCCUGCAAAGGAUUCCAGAAGGUAGCGGUGUAGGUAGAACAAGUGACACUAGAAAACAACCGGUGAUAUUACAACAUGGAGUAUUAGUGGAUGGAAUGACAUGGCUUAUGAACCCUCCAGAGCAGAACCUGCCUCUAAUUCUAGCAGAUAAUGGUUUCGAUGUUUGGAUUGCUAACACCAGAGGAACUAGAUAUAGUCGCCGACAUGUCUCAUUGGACCCCUCUAAUCCGGCCUAUUGGAAUUGGUCUUGGGACGAACUUGUUACUUAUGAUCUACCUGCUGUGUUUGAUUAUGUGUUCAGCCAAACAGGACAGAAGAUUAAUUAUGUUGGCCAUUCUCUGGGGACUUUGAUAGCUUUAGCUUCUUUCUCCGAAAAGAAAUUAGUUAACCAGCUGAAAUCAGCAGCCUUAUUAAGCCCUAUUGCUUAUUUGAGUCACAUGAAGACUGCACUUGGUGUUAUUGCAGCUAAGUCCUUUCUUGGUGAGAUCACUAAACUAUUUGGUCUAGCAGAAUUUGAUCUCAAUGGUUUACCCGUUGAAGCCUUUCUCAAGUCUACUUGUGCUCGCCCUGAGAUAAACUGCUACGACUUGUUGACUGCAUUAACUGGUCUAAGUCUUUACAUGAUUUGUAAAAAUUGUUGCCUUAAUUCUUCAACUGUUGAUCGAUUCUUGAUGAAUGAACCUCAAUCAACAUCAACUAAGAAUAUGGUACAUUUGUCUCAAAUUGUUAGACGUGGGGUUCUAGCGAAAUUCAAUUAUGUAAGACCCGAUUACAAUAUUAUGCACUAUGGAGAAAUAUUCCCACCAAUUUAUAACCUCUCCAAUAUUCCCCAUGAUCUUCCUCUCUUCAUUAGCUAUGGAGGACAAGAUGCACUUUCUGAUGUUCCUGAUGUUGAAAAUUUACUUGACAUGCUUAAAUUUCACGAUGUUGAUAAGAUAAGUGUUCAAUUUGUUAAAGACUAUGCCCAUGCUGAUUAUGUUAUGGGGUUUAAUGCCAAGGACAUAGUGUAUAAUUUUGUUCUCUCAUUUUUCAAUGGUCAAGUCAAAACUUGAUAAUACACAAAAUAUCAAGUUGUAAGAAACAAAUUAAAUGCUAUUUACUAGGUUAUCAAUGGGAUCAAUUAAGUUAUUUAGUGAAUAUUAAAUCAUGGAAUAUCAUGUACACAGAAUGAAAAUGAAAGUAAAAUAUGUUAAUUUAUUUGUUGUUGUAAA